AUGUCUGCAUACUGGCCUGAUUACAAGCUUGGUCAAUUUGAAAAUUCAAUGUCUCGUCUAUUUGAUGAUUUCCUCAAAGAUCUUAAUGUUGAAAGGCAAUCUGGUAAUAUUGUUGCACGAAGCAAUAGUCAUAGUAAUUGGAUUCCACCCCUUGAUGGAGUUACCAAAGAACAAAUCAACCUCGAUGUUCGUGAAAAUACUCUUGUUAUUUCUGGUGAGACCAAACGAGAUGAAAAACAUAAAGAAGGAACUUUGCAUAUUCAUGAACGUCGUUAUGAAAAGUUUGCUCGUUCUGUCACUUUUCCUCAAGACAUUAAGGCUGCUGAUGUUACUGCUAAGUUUGAACACGGAGUCCUCGAAGUAAAACUUCCAAAGGAUGAAAGCAAGCUGU